GAUUGAAAGCCGAACCUGAGAAGACGUCAGCAGUUGACCCACUUCGACGGUCCCGGAGCCUCCCACAACAAGCUGGAGGCAGGAAGCUGUGGUCGCCAAGGAGCUGAAGUUUCAAAUUCCACAUCUGCCGUGCAAAAUUUGAAGACGUGGUGCUCGCUUCCUCGCUCCUUGCUGUUGAGAGCUUUCACCACAGCUGCGUUUGUCCCGCAAUUAAGUUUUUCUCUCCUUGGUGAAGUCCAAGUGGACGAAAGAGACAGUUCACGAUGUCCGUCGCUGGGAUUAGGAAGCAAUUUUACAAAGCCAGCCAGCUGGUGAGCGAGAAGGUUGGCGGUGCAGAGGGAACCAAGCUGGAUGAAGACUUCAAGGACCUUGAAAGGAGAGCAGAUGUUACCAGCAAAGCGGUGGUUGAAGUCAUCAACAAAACAACCGAGUACCUCCAGCCUAACCCGGCCUACAGAGCUAAACUGUCCAUGCUCAAUACCGUGUCCAAAUUCCGUGGGCAGCUGAACAGUCCUGGAUACCCGCAGUCCGAAGGCCUGCUCGGAGAGUGCAUGUUGAAAUACGGAGCAGACAUGGGCCAGCACAACAAUUUUGGUGGCGCUCUCGUGGCUAUUGGAGAAUCGAUGAAUAAAUUGUCCGCCAUCAAGGACAGUCUGGACAUUGACGUGAAACAGAAUUUUAUUGACCCGCUGCAAGGAGUCGUUGAGAAGGACAUCAAAGAUAUUCAGCACCAUCUGAAGAAGAUGGAGGGCCGCCGCCUGGACUACGACUAUAAAAAGAAGCGUCUGGGUAAAAUUCCAGAUGAGGAGAUCAGGCAGUCCUUGGAGAAGUUCCACGAGUCCAAAGACAUGGCUGAGAGUUCCAUGUACAACCUGCUGGAGACUGAUGUGGAGCAGGUGAGCCAGCUGGCAUCCCUUGUGGAAUCCUUGCUGCAGUACCACAGAAAUUCCACCGAGAUUCUGGAGGAACUUUCUGGCGAAAUCGCAAGAAGGGUUGAAGAAAGUCGGUCCCAACCAAGGCGAGAGUACAGACCCAAACCCAGACAACCGAGCUUUGACUAUGGAGAGACUGAGCAGUCCAACGGAGGUUACACACCAACCGCCACAAGCCCUCCGGCUUACUCUUCAGGCCCGUCCGUCCCGAGACCUUCCAUCAAGAACCGAGCGCCCGAGCCAUGCUGCAAAGCUCUGUACGACUUUGACCCCGAGAACGAGAACGAGCUGGGCUUCCGCGAGGGGGACACCAUCACCUUGGUCAGUUACAUUGACGAGAACUGGUUUGAGGGAAAGCUGCGUGGCAAGACGGGAUACUUCCCCAACAACUACGUCGAAGUCAUCGUUCCACUGUCGCACUGAACGCGACGCGGCCGGAAUGGAACGGGCGACGCGAGGAGGAGGAGGAGGAGGAGGAGGAGCAGGAGCAUGCACUCCGAGCAACAUAUUUGUGAGAAAACCAAACAUCUCAUGAUGAGGGCCUAUUUUGCAGAAGCAUGGUUGAAAUUUUCUGAAGGUUUUCAAACAAGUUUUGGUGCGCCCAAGUAUUGGACCCACAAUGCACCUGUGCACUUUUUGCACUUUUUUUUUUUAAAUUUUGUUUUCAACUCCAUUCUCACUUGAAAGAAAAUUUCCGGGAAGCUUCCACAAUCCUUAACAAGUUUUCACGACAUGAUUAGAGGCCCCUUGAAUGGACCUUGCUGGAGUCGUCAUGGAGGUCGGUCCGAUCGGAUACUGCCAUCUAGUGUUGGUCAUGCUCUUGGGUUUGGACUAUUUUUCAUUGUAAAGUGGAACUAACUCGUGGUAUCCCAAAAUCUAUGAUUGAGGCAAGGCAUGAUUGGCAUGAUUGCUGAAACAGAUUCCCCUUCCGAAGAAUUUAGCCCUCCCCUAAAAAAAAUGGUUUUCUCGCAAAAAGCAAUAUAUAGAAUCCUUUUCAUCCACUGUAUCACUGGCCUAGAUUGAAAAAAUAGAUACUGUAUAUUUGUACUAUUUUUUUUAAUCUAAGGUUUAAAAAAUCUGACUAAUUAAGAAGUUUUGGACACUUUCCUAUGUGGGAAUGGUUGGAUUUAACGAAAGAUGGUUUGAGUGAAGAAUCAGGUCUGGGCUGUAUAAUCCAGGCAGAUUUCACAUUGAAUGGAAAAAAACAAAUCGGGCAAAUCACGCAUUUUAAAUCUGACAAUUGUAAGGUUGAUCACAGCUCUUGCGUUGUUUGUGUGCACUCCCGUUUCUGCUUUCCCUCCCAACAGGUUCCGCUCGACACUAUAAAAGGAAGUGCAAUAAUGCUGCAAAAUUCUCGUAAACGUUUUAAAAGCAAGGAAGAGGUUUGCCCCCCCCUCAAGCCCCCUCCUCUAUUUGGUGUAAUGCAUACCAACCAUGGCCAGUAUUUGAGAUGGACGGUGUGAGUGUCAUACCAAAGCCACAAACAUCCGGCUCCUGAAUUUUGUCGGGCUCAAUUGAUGCUGCUGGCAGUGUCGCUUCCAACUUGGUUUCAGUGAAUCAUCUGCCCGUGCUUUGUUUUUGUCAAGAUCCUGGACAAGCUACACGAGAGCCUUCUCGUAUUUUCACCUUUAAUUAGAAGCACGAAAAUUAACAUGAUGUGUCAAACGCUGCAACGGACACGACUGAUAAUCCGUUUCCCAUCUCUGCCCCUCCCCCAUCCCAUAUUGAGUUAAUUCAUUUAAGAAAGUCCGGGACACAAUCGCUUUCAAUCACAAGAAGGCUGUGAACUGUGAAGCCGUCUGCCACUAUCUCCAUUGUGAAACCAGCCGCGCUCAACUAUGCCAUCAUUUGCGGCUCUUUUCGGGACGAAAAGACCGCGCACCAGUGGAUUAUGCCCUCCCCCCCGCUAGUCUUUAUUCACCACCUGCCCCCCCGGUAUGCCCUGCCCCCUUUCUCAUUAUCAGCCCCCUAUCCCCAAUCCCAUGCUGCCUUUUUUGAAGCUUUGGUUUGUCCCCCGGGGAUUAAUCUUGUCGUUGCGUCUAUGCCAUUCCUUUUAUUGAAGAUGGUUGGGGAGGGGGGGGGGGGGGGUCUGUGCAGAGGAAUAACGACAUUCGGUUCAGGUGUGCGUUUCCAUGCCUCGUUAGAGUAAAUCAGAAGUUGGGGAGGAGGGUAAUUAGGCUCGGCUUGGAUAAAAAUGAUGAAUAAUGUCUUGGAACAAAGGACUGGAGUGUUUGUGUGCUGCUCGACGGUGGUCAAAUAAAAGAUGCCGCCGGCCUUUUUACUGCAACACUAAAUUCCGAAAAGGCCCUGAAAUAUGACCGCAUGAAUGAAGGAAGCAUUCCCGCUUAUGUUUUGCGUCGAAAUGGAACCUCUUUGCAUGCGUCUUUAUUGCUAUCCGCCUUUAAUGUAUUCAUUUGUGAACUGACACGUUGGGAGACUUAGAUUGGGAUUUUCCAGGAUUAUCUUGAGGAUAUGUGGAUUACCUCUUCAUGUUUGAUUUUGUUUAUUUUAUGCAUUAUAGCACGGGUGUGGAACUCAGGUCCCGGAGGGCCGCUGUCCUUCCUGCAAGUUUUCCCUCGUCUCCCCGUUGCAACAUACCUGAUUCAAAUGAUCAGAUCACGACACUCAACCUGUUCAUUUGAAUCGGGUGUGUCGCAACAGGGAAACUUGGAAAACAUGCCGGACAGCCGCCCUCCGCGACCAGAGUUUCACACCGAUGCAUUAUAGUAUGUAAAGGGGAGGAUUGAGGCGGUGUCUUUGCUAAUUCAAAUAAAGGUUGUCAUACUGCUA